CGGUGUAUGAUAGCUUGCCACCCGACGCGCAACAGACUCUCAUUGAGAAACAACUCAUACCGCUGCUCAAUCAUGUCGACCGGGGUCAGUGGAAGAAGGUCCUUGGACAAGCGAGCGACCUCCAGACAAUGCACGCCGACAUCCCCGUUCUCGAUCUCAGGGCGAAGCGGCUAGAGGUCAACGCCUUGCUAGACGAGCUACAUCGGGACUCGAAGCGGUCGUUCGUGAAGGAGCGAUCUAUGAAGAAGGAGCUCAUCAGCGAGACGGUGGACAGCCUGACGAACUGGCUGAGCGACAUCUGGCGAGUGGUCUACGAACACAACGUCGAGUUCGUGCACGCACACAAGUGCCUCCUGUUCGUCGCGGGAACAAUAGACCAUAUGAUCAGCGGGCGAACGAGCUGCAAGUGCGCGUUCACCAACCUGUUCGUGAAAGUCACGCUGAAGAACAAAGACGGGAAGCGCGUCAAGUCCUGGGAUGUCAACGGCGUGCAGAACAUCGUGGAGGUGCUGUUCUUCAUCUGGCGAGAGGUCUUCCUGAGCAUGCUGGCGACAAACACGAACAAGCAGCUACGGGACAUCACGGACAUGCUGGAGGAGAUCGACGACCUGCUGGGUUGGACGGCAUUGGAGCGCAUCCUGUAUGGCGGGAAGAAGUGUCCACACGACAUUGAUGAAGAGGAGGACGAGGAGGACGAGUUUUUCGAUGAGUUCGAGGACGAGGACGACUACACGGAAUCGGACUUUGUCGACGAUACACUGACUGGGCCACAUCCCGCGCGGCACUGGUCGUACCGCAUCAGCAACGCCAUGCCUCCGCUGCGGAGUCACAUACAAGCAUAUUUGGCGAGCGUGUUCAAGCUAACACCGUCACUCCAGCUCUACCGCGCGCUCACCGCACUGUCUUCCGAGUUCUCCGUCGAGGACACCACACAUGAGGAGCUAGGCCGCUACCUGGAGGGCAUCGCGACAAGCUCGUCCGACGCGUUCGCGGCCGCGCUCGACAUCUGGGCGUUCGAGUGCUUUCCAAACGAGAUCGCCACGGCGCUGGAGACGCACUCACAUCUGCUCCGCCCACGCGACGCGAGCGCACUGCAGCGCGCCGUAACGGUGCUAGCGCAGCAUGAGCCAUACAAGCGGCGCGCACUGGAGAUCAUGGAGAAAGAGAUGCUCGACACGGCGCGGGCGCUGCGGAACACGCUUCUGGUCUCGUUCUCGCACCUCGACGCGCCCGCGCACCGGGCGGAGGUGCUGGCGAUAUCGAAGAUGCGGCCCGGGGCGGCGGGGAGGCAGGACCGGAUCGAGGCGUGGGUGGACGCGAUCUCCACCCCGGGGACGAACGCGCCGAACCCGAUGGCGUUCGCGGCGAUGAUGAUGGGCUUGCCACUCGUGCCCGGUAUGGACCCGUCGGAGGACGCGGAUCCCCUAGGCUACCUCGACCUGGAUCCGAACGACCCGGACCUCGAGGACUUACGCGAAGAGUUCAGGCCGAGGCUGAAGCAGCGCUUCGAGGGCUGGGUGGAAACUGCGCCCCUGGUCGUGGGCGGACAGAUGCAGCUGGUCAAGGUGUGCAAGGACAUUCUGGACAUGAUGCCGUUUGUCCGUGCGGGCGACAUCGUGGACGAGAUGGUUGGCAGGUUGGCGGACAAGCCGAGCAAGCACCACGUCUGCGAUGCGCUCGACGCGCUGAUGCAGUUCGUCAAGACGCAGCGAAAGAGGGUCCACAGCAUGCGUACGACGACGAAGCAUAGAGAAGCCAGAGCCGACGCAAACGCGGCACCCGUCGCUGGGCCUUCGACAAUGGUUCCUCCCGUUCCUCCGCCGGCCGGACCGACCCCUCCACUGCCAUCUCCUCACACAAUUGACCUGUUGCAAGACGUGUUCUCAGGACCGCGCUUCGGCGGUAUGGAAGACGUCGACUGAUUGCUUGCUCGCUGGUGGUAUCGUGCCGUACCGUAACGUUAUCUUAUUAAUCCUUGUAGCUCUAGGACAUUCCACUGCCGCUCAUUUGCGUUUCACUCCUCCCAGUAUCGUACCAUACGCAAUGCACCCCCUUUCCGCUGGAUCGUCGUGUUCUCGUGCACGUCGCUGGAACGUGGCGACUGCCUCAAUCGUCUGCGGUGCAUCCUGGAUCAUCCUGCGAAGCGACGAAGGUGGACCCACAAGUGUCAACAGUGCCGACGUUGCACCAUAUAUGAGACCAUCUGGGCUUCGCAGCCGUUUUUUCUUCUGACGUGGGCGUUGGUCGUAUAAAUCUGGGG